ACUUUCGUUCGGUUUCGUGAUUCGCGGCCCAAACCAGUCUUGGCUCGGUAUCCACUCGAAUCAGCUCGAUCGAGGACGCGGGGUUCGUCGUCUCGAUUUGGUCGCGCGGGCGUUGAAGUCUUUUCGAGAAGAAACAAAAAAACACCACAUUCUACGUGUGUGUGUGUUUGUGCGUGAUUGUGACAAACAUCUCUGCACCUGUUGAAGCUUCCCAGCGGCCUAAGAAUUACGUAAAUCGCUCAGUCGACCUUUGAGCAGGUUGUGUUGCUGCAGACUCGGUUCGCUAGUUCCGACUUAGAACACGGAUUAAGCUGCUUCUAGAGGCCAUCAUGAACCGAUUUGGGGCGUUCUGUUUCGCUGUCCUGGCGUUCCUGUUGGCACUUCUCACGCAAACCGCCGAAUCUACGCUGCAACCAAAGGCCCCCAACUUCCAGUACUUUGAGCGGCCAAAGUACCGAUAUCCGUACUAUGACGAAAACGGCCGGGGCAAGCUGCUCUACGGUUACGGAGGACCUGAAUUGUACCAGUACAAGAGUUACUCGCCACUGGAUGGAAUCCACUAGCUUUAAUCGCUACAAAUUAUUGUGUAAAUAAAGUUAAAAUAAAGAUAUAAAUUAAGUGUGAUGGUGAUGAUCGCAAAACCUCUGGCGAUCGUCGCCGUGGCCGGAGCGAAGCAAUUUCUAGAACUUUACCCUAUUUCAGUGUUGGACCACGUGGACUAACCUAAAAUUUUCCACAGAAGAAAUAAAAGAAAGGUUGUUAUAUUUUAUUACA